AUGAUUAUAGUUUGGCGACAUGGAGAUCGGGCUCCAACCGGCACAUAUCCUACUGAUAAAUACAACGAAUCUGUAUGGCACUACGGUUGGGGCGAGCUAACUGAGGUAUACGUUAGAAGUUCUGAUGUUAACAGAACAAUUGUCAGUGCGAUGUCAAAUCUUGCAGCACUGUAUCCGUCUGGAACACCUGGUGUUGACUAUCCGCAUACAAAGAAUGAUACGUGGCCGUCGAACUGGACACCAGUACCAAUUCACUCAGUUGAUUUCGAUUCUGAUCAUGUACGACAAUUUUACUGCAUGAAUAUAUUUCACUUGAAAAAGAAAAAAUCGAAACGUUUCAUCAAUAUUAGUUCUCCGUAUUACAAAUUCCAGAUUCUAAACGCAUUUGCAAAAUGUGAGAGAGCAGACCAGAUUGACGAAACCGUCAAAAAGAGUGAAGAAUAUCAGCAGACUUAUAGAAUGAACAAAGACUUCCUUGACUUUCUAAGUAACAGAGCUGGUAUGAACGUCACGCUUGACAACAUUUACUUCAUCAACGACGCUCAUUUAAUUGAGACAAAAUAUAAUUUGUCUCAACCGGACUGGUAUACAGAAGAAGUCUCAAAGAAAGUUGCUAAAUUAUCUCGGAUCAAUGAAGAAUUCAAACUUGGGAUUUCUAAACCGUAUUACCCCGAACUAAUCAAACUACGUGGAGGAAGUCUACUAAAAGUCCUCAUUGACAACAUGAAAUGGAAGAUAGAGUGCGAAAGAGACAGUAAUGCGAAACCAUGUCAUUGGUAUGCCCCACUGAAAUACUACGCAUUUUCUGCGCACGACACUACUAUAGCUGCGUUGCUGUCAACAUUUGGUGAUGAAGAAGAAGUUAUUGUAGGGGGACUACCAGAUUACACUGCAUCUGUUGCACUGGAGUUAUGGGAAAAAAAUGGAAUUGGCUACGCUGUAAAGAUCCUUUUUCACGAGGCCUUCCAUCGAAACUACCGCUCGAUAACGGGGCUUACAAAAGGAUGUCCACGAAAUAUGGAAUUUUGCCCUUUCAAGCAAUUUGAGAAAAGGUCAAGAAAGUUCCUACCACGUGACAUCAAAGAGGAAUGCAAACCGAAGAAGCAAUUCUUAUCUUAUCGAAGACAAUUGUAUAUGAAGACCGUAAACCAACCGGGGGCUUUAUGGAGUAUGAAGAUGGAUGAAAGUGCAGCCUAA